AUGGAGCCUAUUAGCAUGUUUAUGAUGAAGAUGAGGUCUAGGUUACUGGAGCCCCUGGCUGGGAAGCUUGAAGGUGCUUACCACCACAGACACCCCUGUGAAUCACUGGGGUUAAAAAAAAAAGUUGAAGCAGAUCACCCAAGAAAGCUGUUCAUCGGUGGGCUUAAUACAGAAACAAAUAUGAAAGUCCUUGAAGUGGUAUUUGGCAAAUAUGGACGAAUCAUGGAAAUACUGUUGAUGAAAGACUGGGAAAUCAACAAGUCAAGAGGUUUUGCUUUUGUCACCUUCGAAAGCCAAGUAGAUGCUAAGGAUGCUGCCAGAAACAUGAGGGAAGAGCCCUUGUAUCACAUGGAAAAGACUAUUACAGUGGCCCACCUUGAAGGGAACCCCUGUCCUCUAGCAGAGAUGUUUAUUUGUCACCAAGAGGUGAUGGAUACUCUACUAAAGACAGCUAUUCAAGCAGAGAUUACCCAAGUUCCUGUGAUAACUGAGAUUAUGCACCCUUACCAAGAGACUAUACUUACAGUGAUUAUGGUCAUUCCAGUUCAUGGUGAUGACUGUCCAUCAGAGGCUGUAGUGAUAGGGAUGGCUGUGGUCGUGAUCAGGACUGUUGACAUCAUCCAAGUGGAGGUGCCUAUCAAGAUUCUUGUGAGAGCUAUGGUAACUCACGUAGUGCUACACCUACAUGAGGGCCCCCCCGCCAUCUUAUGGUGGAAGCAGUUGCUAUGA